UGAGCCGCGCACAUCAAACCAUGUGAGCGCAGUGGAGGGGAGGCUCUUUUCGCCACCGCGCAUCUCUCCUCCAUCUCCUCCUCACUUUUCCAGUCAGCCAGCAAGCCUGUCGGAGCUCCCACCUGAAACCUCACACACUGUCACUCCGUCUUGACAUAUUGCAGGAAGGAUUUCUAGCCUCUCGCCUUUGGCACAUUUUUCUGUCGCCUCGAAUGAAAUCCGGUGGACUUUUUCUUUUUUUUUUGCGUAUUUUGAAGGAGGGAAAAAUGGUGAAAUGAUGCAGCAGAGGAGAAGGAUGCAAGUCUCACGAGUCUCCCUCUCGGAAUAACACCAAAUGGAUGCUGCGCUGAGCGCCUCAGCCCCCUAACCAAACGCUAUGGAGGCAUACCAUGCAAGUGACCUUUAUCACACCAUGAAUGCAAGCUCUGCCAUUCAAAGAGGACACAAGUAACCUUUUCUUGUUAUCUGAGGAGCUGUUGAUCUUAAUUCAGGAGGGGGUGAGACAGCGAGUGAGAGAGAAGAGUCUCAUAAAACAAAUAAACAAACAAACAAAACAUACAACGGCAGCAUGCCAAAGUGGUCCGAGGAGAUGCUCAUGGAUCUGUGGAUGUCCUUGCUGCUGCUGUGGAUUACGUGUGUUCCCUGUGUGUCUACGACUCUUAUCAUUGGCCAGUCCAAAAGUAUACAAGCUGGUGGGUCCGCAGCAGUGGCGAGCCGUCUUGGCGAAGGACAAAGAUUACUGAGCCGUGCCAAGAGAGGAUGGGUUUGGAAUCAAAUGUUUGUGUUGGAGGAAUUCUCUGGACCCGAUCCAAUUCUGGUUGGCAGGCUACACACAGACUUGGAUGUAGGCGGCCGGAACAUCAAAUACGUCCUGGCAGGUGAAGGGGCUGGCACCAUCUUCGCCAUCAAUGAGUUAACGGGUGACAUCCACGCCAUGAAGAGGCUGGACCGCGAAGAAAAGGCAGAGUACACGCUGACUGCCCAGGUCGUCAACGCCGAUACCGAUGAGCCCUUGGAGCCGCCGUCCGAGUUCAUCAUAAAAGUCCAGGACAUAAAUGACAAUCCACCGCAGUUCAUCGAAGGCCCGUACCGAGCCUCUGUUCCAGAGAUGUCUGCUGUCGGUACCCCAGUUACCCGGGUAACAGCUACAGACGCCGACGAUCCAGUGUACGGGAACAGUGCUAAACUGGUCUACAGUAUAUUGGAGGGGCAACCAUAUUUUUCCAUAGACCCUAAUUCUGCGACCAUAAAAAUUGCUCUCCAUGGGAUGGAUCGGGAGAUGAGAGAGGAAUACCUGGUGGUCAUUCAGGCCAAGGAUAUGGGAGGUCACAUGGGGGGCUUGUCUGGCACCACAACAGUGACCGUCACGCUCACGGACAUCAACGACAACCCACCAAAGUUCUCUAAAAGUUUGUAUGACUUUGUAAUCCCCGAAGACCUGCCGCUGGGGACAAUGGGAGGCAAGGUGAAGGCAAACGAUAGAGACAUCGGUGAGAACGCCAAGUCGUCAUAUGGCAUCAUCGAAGGGGACGAACAAGGCACGUUUGAGAUUGCCACGGAUGCGCAGACGCAAGAGGGGAUUCUCCGACUGAGAAGGCCGCUGGACUACGAAAGCAAGAGAGCCUACACGCUGAAAGUGGAGGCCACCAACCUCCGCCUGGAGCCGAGCAGCGGGCCCUUCAAAGACACAGCCACGGUGAAGAUCGUGGUUGAAGACGCCGACGAGCCCCCUGUUUUCUCCAGACCUAUGUACUUACUGGAAGUGAACGAGAACGCCCCCAUCAACACGGUCAUAGGGACGGUCACCGCGAGGGAUCCAGAUUACACAGGAAGUCCUGUCAGAUACUUCAUCGAUCGGCACACGGACCUGGAGAGGCAGUUUAACAUCAACGUAGACGACGGGAAGAUCACACUUGCCAAGCCGCUGGACCGGGAGACGGACAUGUGGCACAACAUCACAGUAACUGCCACAGAAGUCAGAAAUCACAGUCAGAUAUCAAGAGCAAUUGUGGCCAUAAGAGUAAUGGACAUAAAUGACAAUGCCCCCGAGUUUGCCACUGAAUACGAGGCCUUUCUGUGUGAGAACGGAAAUCCUGGACAGGUGAUCCAGACUGUCAGCGCCGUAGACAAAGACGACCCAAUCCAGGGCCACUACUUUGACUAUCGUUUAGUGCCGGAGAUGCUCAACAACCCCAAUUUUACCAUCAAAAACAACCCAGACAAUUCAAUCAGCGUUCUCGCCAAACAUGAUACCUUCCGACGACAGAAACAGGAGAUGUACUUCCUGCCAAUCAUUGUGACGGACAAUGGGAAUCCACCGAUGAGCAGCACCAACACUCUGACCAUCCGAGUCUGUGGAUGCAGCAAGGACGGCAUAGUGCAGUCCUGUAAUGUGGAGGCCUAUGUCUUACCUAUUGGCCUUAGUAUGGGAGCCCUCAUUGCCAUCCUGGCCUGCAUUAUACUGCUGUUAGUAAUAGUAGUACUAUUUGUGACCCUGAGAAGACACAAGAAUGAGCCUCUGAUUAUCAAGGAUGAUGAGGACGUGAGAGAGAAUAUUAUCCGCUACGAUGACGAAGGAGGCGGCGAGGAGGACACGGAGGCAUUCGACAUAGCCACGCUGCAGAACCCAGACGGCAUCAGUGGUUACUUACCUCGCAAGGACAUCAAGCCCGACCUGCAGUUUAUGCCCCGAGCAGGCCAGCAGUCGGGCCCCAAUGGCGUGGAUGUGGAUGAGUUCAUCAACGUACGGCUUCACGAGGCGGAUAAUGACCCCACAGCGCCACCUUAUGACUCCAUACAGAUCUAUGGAUACGAGGGUCGUGGAUCCAUUGCUGGCUCACUCAGCUCACUAGAAACUGCAUCGUCAGACUCGGACCAGAACUAUGACUAUCUCAGAGAGUGGGGUCCACGCUUCAGAAGACUGGGGGAGCUCUACUCUGUGGGCGAGAGUGACCGCGAGACCUGACCUUUGGUUUGUUAGGGGAAAAAAAAGACCUUUGCGAUUUGUUUUCUGUCCGCAUACUUGUGUAUUAAAUGCUAGGGGGUUUGCUGGCUUUUAGGAACAGGUGUUUAAAAACAAACAAACAAACAAAAAAAAAAACAGUUAAAAAGGGGAGGCCAACUUUUUGUAUUCUUAUUAGAGUGAUAGCAGUUGUCAUCCACUACGUCAAGCGCAUUGUAACUGUUGAGCCAAACAAUGUCUUUUUAUUAGGAGAUCUAUGAUUCUUGUGGAGUGUAACUUAGAUUCCUUUGUGGAGUGUCUAGCAGUAUUUUGGGUGUUAGUCAUUUGCCGUGACUGCCAGUAGCAGAAGAAUCCUGGGUUUGCUGAAAGUUGCCCAAUGAAGUGAAAUGAUGGAUAUUUUUGGGUUCUCUCAAGCUUGAGUGGACAUCAUACUCCAUUGCGACAAGGGCAGCGAGCUGGACUACAAAAGCUGCAGAAGGACUCUUGUUUCAUAUCUGGCUGCCGAAGCCACACUGCUGAUUGGUGAGCUGAAACAAAACGAUGAUAAAAGCAAUAUAUGGUCUACAUUACAAUGAUGAAUGUAUGGAUGAUUGAAAAAAGCAAAAAGACAAAAACCAGUAUUGGCUUUAAAUGGCUUUGAAUUUGUUAUCAUUUGAUACAGUAAGUUCUCUGGUGGCAACAUUUAUAAACUAUCUAAAGCCCAGAAAGGCUUGCUUUAUACAACUCUUUGUAUUUACAUGCUACAGGUGUGGGUCGCAAGUGUUACUAGCCUAUAAAAGACUGAGAUGAAGACAAAAAAGAGAAAUGUAGAAACUCUGAGGCCUUCUUUUUACAGAAGCAACAUUAAAUACAAUUGUAAUCUACUGUUUUUUGACAAGAGAUGUGUUGAUUCUUCAUUAUUGUUCUAUGAGUUUUUGUAUAUUUGUUCUAAAAAUCAUUUUUUGUGCUGACAGUUUGUGGUGUAUUUAGAUUAUUUCACAUUAAGCUGUUUUUCAACCACUUGAACACGAUUUCAUAAUAGCCAAACCUUCUCAUGAAUUUACUGCAGUUGAUGAAAUAGACUAGACGUAAGCAGGCAUCAAGAGCUCACUUGCAAGUUACUGUAACAAUGCAGAUGAUCUAAUCAUUCGGGACUGUAAGGAGUGUCUCAUACUAUAUUUUGGGGUACAGCCAGUGGCCGGUUGAGCACAAAAGUCAAAAUUGAUACCUACCCAUAGUAUGUGACUCUCUCCAGACAUCAAAUCUCAUUUAGGAAAGAUUGCAUUAGCCCAAGAAAAAAAAUGGAGACUCAAAUCCAGACCAUGUGCAUAUUGUGCUUACACUGUAUGAUAUCAAGAAAAAGACUUGUACUGUACAUAGCGUUACUGCUAAUGUCAUUAGCUUUUAAUGAGGUGGUAGGUUUCGUCUCUGCACGUUAGCUCUUGCACAUAACGAGAAUCUCAAUGGCACUACAGCUGCGUGCAUACUCAGUUUGUACUGAUACAGUAUUAUGGCAGUUCUCGGUAGACUAAACAAUAUAUACGGAAUAGUCCUACAUGCAGAUCAUAUUUUCUACUGUGCUUUAAUGCUUAUAAAUGUGUAUGUUCAAUUAUUUACUCCCUGUACUGUAAUCUAAGAUACCCUGUAUUGUUUCCUACUUUGUGAAAUAUAUUUUUAUAAAUAUGUGUGAA